AUGUCGGCAUCCCCACCGACCUCAGAGCCCCCGACUUUGGUUGUUUCCUCUUCUGCCGGGACCACCGAGCCCACCGCAACUACAACUACUACGAAUUCAGGGAAUAAGACGAGUGCUACUGGACCAGCCGAACCUCCGCCACCAUAUCAGGGUGAGUUGAGAGUAAUUUUUAAUUUAAUUUUUUUGUUUGACAUCACUAAGGUAAUAUCGAUCAUGCAUUUUUUUAAUUGAUGUUGGAGUAAAAAACUGUUAGUUGUGGAACAGUCUAUAAGACUCCUAGAUGAGAUUUUAAAAUUAUUUUACAGUCUUAGCUAUUCCCUGAAAUAUUGAUAUCUGUUUUGGGUUUAAUACUCAUCAUGAAAAAAAAAUCAUUUUUUGUCUACUUUAAUUAAUUCAAAACUUACGUCAUCAUUUUUUCAGAGAAGAUGACCUCCCCUCCAUCCCAAGAUCCCUCUUGGUUCUCCACUUUUACCGGUCAAGCAGCAGCUCCCCCUCCAGCCGGCUCUAAUAUUGAUGGCCAAGCCCUUCCCAACGUUGGAUUCUCGGCCCAAUCGGCCCUUGGAUGGGUGGGAGAACGCCGUUCCAACCUCCGAGGAUGGGCUGAGUUCUUCAAGACCUCCAAAUUCGGUCUUCCCGGCGGUCCUUCGGCUCUAGUCCCUCGCCUUCAAUAUAAUCUCGGCUACUUCUUCAGCAAUUAUUUGUGCAUCUUCAUACUGCUGCUGGUCUAUUGUAUCUUGACUUCAUUUGUGAUGUUGUUGGCGUUGAUUGCGUUGGGAGGAUUGAUCUACACGAUUAGACAGAGGACUUUAAAGGGUCCGGUUGUGCUCGGAGGACAUGAAGUAAGUUGAACAUUACAGUAACCGGAUUUUUUAAUUUUGUGGGAUUGUGGCCCACAAAAUUAGUCGAAGGGUUUCACGAAAUUUGACAGAAAUUUCUGACAGAUUAUGACCUAAUUUAUAUUGCACUCCCUUUAGAUACCGCCAAGUCUCCUUUACACCCUGGCCAUCAUCGUUUGCAUUCCCUUGUUCGCGAUGGCCGAUGUUGGGAACGUAAUGUACUGGGUGGUGGGCUCCUCAAUCUUCCUCAUCUUCCUCCACGCAACUCUCUACGAGUCCGAAGAAGUGCCCGGAUCCGAGUUUGAGGUGGUGACGGUGCAAUAA